AUGCGCCCGUCCGAUACCCGCAUGUUGAAUUGGAAAGCCAGAACGUUUGUGGUGGGCAAGCAUGUGGUGGGCGACUUUGCCAUGUGUCUUUGGGAGGAAAUGAAUAGCCCCGCCGUGGUCCAAAUCUCCCUGGGUGAUGCUCUGUAUUCCAACGCGAGCAUUCGGGUUGCAACGACCAUCUAUUUUGCCGGUGGCAGACCGGCAGUCACCGUUAACUACUACGACUGCGGCACCCCGGCGAGCCCUAACUCUCUCGACACCCGCAGCGUCACCCACGGCGCAUACCGUGGCUAUGGAGAGAUUUAUGAAUGCCUCAUUCCUGCAGGAAAUCUGCUCUCUGGUCUCAACAAUGUGUCGAUAGCGGUUGCGUCGGUUCAUUCGGGAGAUGAAUAUCUCAGCCCGGUCUUUAUUCUGGACGCAAUUGUACCUUUAACUAGUCAGCAAACCGAGCCCGUUUUUACCAGCCGUUUUUACCAUAGGCUCAGCAUUUACUGGGAUCUUGAUAUUACUGAGUCGUUUCUCAAACCUGGUCCUGUUGAAGCGUUCCCGAACUCGAACCUUCAGCUUACUGUAUUUUUACUCUCACACCUGCGGUGA